UUGAGAAGUACAGUGAAUUUGAGAAUUUGAGCCAAAAAGGCAUUUAWAAUCCAUAUCCUGCCUUUGUUCACUUAUAUAACUGGGUCAGUAUGGAAGAGGCAGAACUGGUAAAGGACCGACUCCAAGCAAUAACGGAUAAGAGAAAAGUUCAAGAAGACAUUGUUCAUAAAAAGCUGGAAAUAGACAAGGAGAAGUUAAAGCUUCAGCACUUAAAGAAAAAGUCUCUGAGGGAGCAGUGGCUCAUGGAUGGAACGAGCAACCAAAGCUCACAGCAGAGAGAGACUUUGAGGGGAGAUCAACAACAAACUAAACUCCUCCAGACCAGCAUCCACAGGAUUGAGAAAGAGAUUGAGGCUCUGGAGAGGGAAGAGACAAUGAUUUCGAAAAAUGAGGGCUUCAUACUGAAGAGGCUGAAAGCUAUCGAGAAAACACCUGAGGAGAUAAUAAAGGAAGCAAAGGAGAAUUUCAAAGAAGAGCCAAUCCAUAUCAACCCAGCUACUCUAGAUGCCCCAAAGUCCUACAAACCUCCAAUCUCAAAGAAGCAGUCCUUUGAAUCUAAUAAGGACACACCCAAACAAACCAUGUUUGCCAUGGAGAUCAACGUCCAGAAGGAUCUCCGUACCGGGGAGACCCGGGUCCUGUCCACAUCCACCGUCACCCCCCAGGUGCUCCAGCAGAGAGGGGUCAAAGUCUAUGACGACGGCCGCAAGUCUGUCUAUGCCCUGCGGUCUGACGAGUCUCAGCUGGGGGAUGGUUCUAACAGAGUGGACGAGCUCAGCCCUAUGGAGGUGGAGGUUCUGCUCAGAGCAGCUACAGAGCAGAAGAAGUCUCAAAGCGGCCAACGUUGCCACCAAGGCUAUCAGGAAUCAGUGUCUGCAUUCUCUACCAACUGUGGCCCACAGAGCCACCAGAAGCCAACAUUGCCUGUAUUCUCCACCACCAGUGGAUCUUGGCGCCACCAUGAGUCAGUACCUACAUUCUCCACCCCCCGUGGCUCUCGGGGCCACCAGGAGCUCAGCCCUAUGGAGGUGGAGGAGCAGCUCCGAAAGGGUACAGUGCAGAAGAUGCCUCAAAGCGGUGCUUUCCCAAAAGACCACCGGGGCCACCAGGAAUCAGUGCCUGCAUUCUCCAACACCUGCAGCAGGAGGGCCUCAGUCCCCAACAGACCCCAACAGAGUCAUGCUAAAGUCAUCCACGAAACCAAUGGGAACGGGUAUCAGCAAGAGUCGUAUAAGCAUGAUGUCCUCUCCAGGAAGGAGCUCCACUAUAUUGACGGAGUCCACAACUCAGAGCUGGAGAGUCUUUCCUCCUCCCCUCACAUUCCAGUCCAUUCUUUCAUUGGCAGGCAGGAUGAGGAGUACUACCAGUCAAACAAUGGGUAUAACCAGAAUCCUUUAUCCUACGGUGUGGAGAAAGGGUUCCCCACCGACGACUCCUACCAUAGCCCUAGAGAGAUCCAGCGAAGCGGGAUGUUUUACGACUCAUCAGUUGAAAUGGACCAGAGGCCGUCCCCGAUCUACCAGGGAGACUCGCACUUCAGUAUCCUUAACACCAUGGACACGUCCGAGCCUGUCACCGCCAUCUUUAUGGGCUACCAGACCGCAGAGGAUGACAGUGGACGUGGCCUUGGCUAUGAAGGAUCCAUCCGGGCCGAGCUUGUCGUCAUUGGCGACGAGGAUGGGGUGGACGAGAGUAACCCUCAGUUUUACACCUACACCGCGGAUGGCUAUAACAACCGGGGCUACCAUCACUGUCAACCUCAACAGAACUUAAUCAAAUACAUGGCAGAGCCCACAGCUAAUUUUAACUCAAACAAUGCAUCACCGUACACAGCAUCAAGGAAUUUGGUCUAUCCUGGUCAACUGGCCAAAGAGUCACACUACCUCUAUUCAGACGGACAGUCCGACGAGGACGGGACAGAGAAGCACUCUGCCCCAGGAUUCUCCAGAAUCUCAUAAGCUUGAAGAACCAUUUACAAACGUCUGUCGGAGACAAAUGAGCUUCAAGUACAAGUAUGGAGAAACCUGAACAGCUUGUGUAAAAAUACACCAUGCAAGACUCAGCAACCUUACAAGUUCCACGACAAGAGAAGAAGAAAACCAACUUUGCACAAAACAUUCAACUAACAGUAAAAUGCUUCUGAGAUGGCAUCAAUAGCUAAAACCAGAGCCUUGUAUUUGGAUAAUUCUCAAUAUAUUCUCAAUAUAAGGAUGUGGCUAAUACUGUAAGACAUAUGUUUGCUCAUAAUGUUUCCUUACACAGCUGAAUAUAUACUAAUGAUGUCAUUUAGAGAGAAAGAAACCAGCCGAAAAGUAGACUUUUGAAAUUAUCUCUGAUCUUAAAUGUUAAAUGGUCCUAAAGAUAUACAGUGGGGCAAAAAAGUAUUUAGUCAGCCACCA